GGUCGGACACCAAUGUCUGUAACACCCGGUGUUUGAGUUGUGGGAUGGAGUUUCGUUGACAUAGACAGUAACGCUACGUGAUUUUUUUAAUCUAGUGUGUCUGUCGACUAACACGGCGAUAUCAGUCGGGAGAACUCACCCGAGCGACAUGGCAGACAACAUUAUCAUCAGGGUACAGUCCCCAGAUGGGAUGAAGAAAAUUCCCUCCACCAAAAGGGAGACUGCUGCUGCUUUUUUGAAGAAGGUGGCCAAAGAGUUUGGGUUCAAUUCCAAUGGGUUUUCUGUUUACCUGAACCGCAACAAGACCGGAGAGAUCUUCUCCCAGAACAAAACCCUCAGCCUGCUCAAGAUCAAGCAUGGCGACAUGCUGUUUCUGUUCCCUUCAGGAUCCUCCACUUCAUCCGGUGAGGUGAUGGACACGGCCACCCCACACACAUCGUCAUCGCUACCAUCUGUCUCUUCAUCUUCUUCAUCGUCCUCCAUGCUCCCUCGCUCCUUCUCGGCACCUCACGUCCAGGAGGAUGAGAUCGAUCAGUAUCUGGCCAAGCAGGAAGGCAAGAUCUACAGGAACAAAGAUCCACAGCUAUGUCGCCAUGGUGCCCUUGGAAAAUGUGUGCACUGUGUACCAUUAGAGCCUUUUGAUGAAGACUACCUGAAUCACCUCGACCCACCAGUGAAGCACAUGUCAUUCCACGCAUACCUUCGCAAGCUGACCGGUGGAGCUGAUAAAGGGAAGUUUGCAGCUCUAGAGAACAUCAGCUGCAAAAUCAAGUCGGGCUGUGAGGGCCACCCUCCCUGGCCAGAGGGGAUCUGCACCAAGUGCCAGCCCAGUGCUAUCACACUCAACAGACAGAAAUACAGACACGUGGACAACAUCAUGUUUGAGAACCACACCAUCGCUGACCGCUUCCUGGACUUCUGGAGGAAGACGGGCAGUCAGAGGAUGGGAUACUUGUACGGCAAGUACACUGAGCACAAAGACAUCCCUCUGGGCAUCAGAGCUGAGGUGGCUGCCAUCUACGAACCCCCACAGAAUGCCACUCAGAACAGCCUGGAACUGUUGGAGGAUCCCAAAGCUGCAGCUGUGGAUGAAAUUGCUGCCAAACUAGGCUUGUGCAAGGUGGGCUGGAUCUUCACAGACCUGCUCUCCGAGGACACGAGGAUAGGCACCGUCCGCUACACGAGAAACCAGGACUCUCAUUACCUGAGCGCAGAGGAGUGCAUCACAGCAGGAUACUUCCAGAAUCAACAUUCAAACCCCUGCAGACUCUCGAGAGACGGACACUUUGGCUCCAAAUUUGUGACCGUGGUGGCAACAGGCGGUCCAGAUAACCAGGUGCACUUUGAAGGAUACCAGGUGUCCAACCAGUGCAUGGCUCUGGUGCGAGACGAGUGCUUACUGCCCUGCAAAGACGCUCCUGAGCUGGGCUACGCUAAAGAGUCCAGCACCGAGCAGUAUGUACCAGACGUCUUCUACAAGGACAAAGACAAAUUUGGAAAUGAUGUCACGUUUCUUGCGCGGCCUCUUCCUGUGGAGUACCUCAUCAUAGAUAUUACCAACACUUUUCCAAAGGAUCCUCAGUACACCUUCUGCUCCACACAACGCUUCCCCAUUGAGAACCGUGAUAUCCUUGGAGAGACUCAAGACUUUCACAGUUUAGCAACAUACCUGUCCCAGUGCACCACCACGGCAUUCCUGGACAUCGUAUCAGACUUCCAUCUGCUCCUCUUCCUCGUCACCAAUGAAGUCAUGCCUCUGAGAGACAGCAUCGGGCUGCUACUCGAUGCAGUGAAGUCUUCUAAUGAGGAUCUGGCGCAGACCUGGAAGAAGUCAGAGCAGUGGGCCACCAUCGAGCAGCUGUGCAGUACGGUGGGUGGGCAGCCCUCCAGCUCUCUGGGUUACGGGGCCAUGGGUGGCCCCUCAGUCCCUGCCACCUCCUCAGCCAUGUGGUCCUGCCUCCACUGCACCUUCAUGAACCAGCCUGGCACAGAGCACUGUGAAAUGUGCAGCCUGCCCCGCAGUUAAACCCCCAAUCCACUCACCCUCCACCCUGCUUCCGUGCCCCGCGCCCUGAUCUUACACAGUCCUGCCCAGCCCUCCUCUUAACUCGCCAAUGACAUCACUGCACCAGGACCGGCUGCGAGAUUUGGAUGCCCUGUCUAGUUUUCUUUCGCCUCACGUUGAAGCCUCUGUCCUUCCCAUCUCACAGGCUGCUGUGACGUGCAGAGAGAUGCACUUGUUUACAUCCAAUUCAUUGAGUAAAUAAAAUAAAAGCAGACUGUUUUUUUUUUUUUUUUUUUUUCCUUGUAUCCCUCCUCACAGCGGCUCUGGUGAGUGGCAGGGUACGUUUAAGUAAAGCACUUUUGGCUGAGGCUCUGUUCCCUCAACCUACCACCGCCCUGAAAUAAUCACCCGCCCCCCUCCAUGGCUCAAAUAUAUCCUGUUGUGACUCAGGACAACAGCAAAGACUUGAGUGUUUGGACAUUCUCUCACAUCAGUGCCCCUCUCACUCUCACCACGUCUUCUGGAAAAUCUUGCUGUGUAUAAAUACAUUUGAGGAAUGAUACUGUUA